AUGUCGGAUUUUGAUGUGCGAAAGAUCGCGGCGGCUAUCGACAAGCACGAGAACUUCAGGCCAGGAACCUUGCGAGUGAGUGCUUCGGUCCUGAACAGGGACCUCACCUUGCACUCCCUCCAGCAAGGCGGCCGCAAGAAGGUGGUGCAGCGCUACCGAAGGACCAGAGCCCUGGAGAAGGCCUUGAAAGACGUCAUCCACGAACAGCAAGACAUUUUCUUUCCUGUGAGGAGUGAGAUCUUCUCAGCGUACCGCAAGUUUUUCCUUGGAUUUCCGAGCAUCAAUGGCAGGGCGUGCUCGGUGCCGGCCUUGCAGCGGGAGCUGGAGGCCAUGGAAAAAGCCAAGAGGUACGAGUAUCAGAAGCAGCUUCUGGAGGACUUCCAGUCGCGCUUCCGAGAGUUCUCGAAGUUUCUGCGCCGCCGGAAGCGGGACGUGCAGCAGGUGCUUCAAAGAGAGUGGAUGCCCACGGACCUGCUCCGGGCUUUCGUGGUUUUCGACAUGUCCCUUGGAACGAACAGGGAGGGUUUUUUUGGAGGACUUUCAGCCUGCUUUUGA